GAGGCACAAUUCUUGAGACAGAGUUUUCCUUCUAUGUGUGAAUCUGUGGCCUAAACGCAUAGUUCUUGAGACACAUCUUUCGAGACAUAAAUUUGAGACAGAGUUCUUAAAAAAAACGAUUGAUUCUUCAGGCAUAAAACCGCAAUAAGACAUCAUCUAUGUGUGAAUCUAGUGUUCUCUCAAUAUAAACUGUUUGACCUUGGGACACUUAGUUGAUCUAAUGGUCUCGAGACACAUUUUUCGGGCACAAUUCUUGAGACAGAGUUUCCAUUCUAUGUGAGAAUCUUUGGCCUGAAUAUCCCCCCACCAUGCACCUAACCGGCAACACAACCACAGCCACAACAGGAGGCACCACCCCCGAGGGAGGUACAGGGGGCUCCCUCCUCAACGACACCUACACCAAGAUGACCUCCGACAUCCUCGCCGAGCGGACCCUGGGCGACUUCCUUUCGGAACACCCUGGCGAGCUAGUGCGCACCGGGAGUCCGCACUUUGUUUGCACCGUUCUUCCGCCGCACUGGCGGUCCAACAAGACACUUCCGGUGGCGUUCAAGGUGGUGGCCCUUGGUGACGUCAUGGACGGGACUGUGGUCACGGUACGGGCCGGAAACGAUGAGAACUUCUGUGCGGAGCUGAGGAACUGCACGGCUGUCAUGAAGAACCAGGUCGCCAAGUUUAACGAUCUGCGGUUUGUGGGACGCAGUGGACGGGGCAGAGUGCAGUACGUCUCCGUGAAUGGUGACAACUCUCGCGUUUUGCCUGUGGAGUGUGGUGUGCCUCAGGGGUCUGUAUUGGGUCCAGUGCUUUUUCUGAUCAUGAUUGAUGAUCUUAGCAUAAAUGUCCCAACAAAAAUCUUCAUGUAUGCCGAUGAUACCACAGUUCUUAAUAAGCAUGAAAAUGAUGCUCAAGCUGUUGCACUGGCAGAGAGGAAUCUGGAGUCGGUGCAAACUUGGUUGAAUGCCAACGAACUGUUCCUCAACAAAGCCAAAACCACAACAGUCACUUUUAGGCUCAAAAAGGGAUCAGCAACAAAUGAUACUGGGAAAAGCUUCACGUUGACAAUAACAGUGAGCUCUUCGCCUCCUCAGGUGGCCACCUAUACCAAGGCUAUCAAGGUCACCGUUGACGGACCCAGGGAGCCCCGGUCCAAAACGAGGCAGCAGCAGCAGUUCCACGCCUUCGCCUUCGGCCAGCGGCCCUUCCUUGGCGGCCAUUUUGGAAGUGCCCUUGACCCUUUGCAGCGGUCAGCUGAUCCGCUUGCCUUCCGAAUGCCUGCCAUGAGUACCUGUCAGAACAUGAGCCAGUUCUCGCUGAACCAGAGCGCGGCGCACUGGGGCUACGCCGCGGGGGCGGCAGGGCCUCCCUACUCGUCCUACCUGGGGGCGGCAGGUUCACUCACCAGCUGUGCCGCCGCCUCCUUCAACCACCACUCCACCGCCUCCACGGCCCCCGGUGCCGCCUUCGGGGCCACUGCCGCCUCCGCUGUGGCUGAGCAUCAUCAUAGUCACGACACCUUCAACUCCAAUAGCACCGCCUCCUCGUUAAUCCUGCCAGACACCACCGCGACAGGAACAGGUGGCCAGGGUGGAGGGGGAACAGGGGUUGACCUUGACCAACAGCUGAUGUCCCAACACACAGGUGCCACAAAUCAGCUGACAUCCACCAACCCCCUCUCUCUCCCUCGCUACAGCAGCACCACCUCCGACUUCCUCAGCGGUCCGCGCUCUCUCUCCGACUCAUCCGCUGCGGAGUCACCAGUAGGCAGCGAAGAGGUCCUGCAGACCACCAACGGUGUCCUACAAGCCUCCAACGGUGUCCUCCAGACCACCAACGGUGGUUUCCACCAUCACCACGUACACCACCAUCAUAACUCCACGGCGGGCUAUCAUAGUUCACCUCACUACCCUGUGUUACCAGCUUCCUUGCUGUAUUCACAACUCUACCACACGGGGAGUUCGGAUCUGUUGGGCACAACGGCGAAUUCACGGCAGGAUGACGUCACAAGUGUGACGUCACAGCAGAGGACGCAGGACCAUUCAGCUGUUUGGAGGCCCUAUUGACCUUACAUGACGUCAGGCUCUGGCAGUGUUGCGUCAGCCUAUCUCUUUCCAGAAACUUCUUGAGUGGUUUAGGGUGUGUCAGAACUGGAGUGAUAUCAGAUAAACUCUUGUUAAACUGAAGUGAUAUCAGAUAGACUUGUUACUGAUUUUAAUAAAUCAAUGGUUCAGGAACUUCGUCAACUUCUCUGAACUGAAGUGAUGUCAAAUAAACUGUGUUGAACUUAAGUUUCUUCGGUUGAACUGGAGAGUUGUUAAAUGAACAACAAACUUUGAACUGAAGUGGUAUCAUAUAAACUACUUUUGAUCUGAAUCAAUAUCAAUUAAACUGGAGAAAUUCCCGAUAAACUGGAGUUUUUGUGUUAGAAAACUUCAUGUUUUAAAUAGGAAGGUGUGUUGAAUUCAAGUGGUAUCAUACUUAUAAACUAAUUUCGAAUCGAAGUGAUAUCAGAUGAACUGCUCUUAAACUGGAGUAAUAUAAGAUAAACUUAAUUUCCAGUGUUGAGAGGUUAGUGAACUGGUUCAAACUGGUCACUGUUAUCAGUAAAUCAAUUAACAUUUACUUGAUCAAUGAACUUAAGUGAGUUAUUGUGUUAGGGAGUAUGUUAAUUGAUGAUAAACAGGUCUAAGAUAAUCAAUGAACUCUUGCUUUGACUAAACUCGAGUUUGUGAUUUAGGAACAGAUGUUUAACUGGUCAUUGUUAUCAGUUAAUUGGAGAAAAAUUAUCGAUCAAUGAACCCUGAAUAGAGAAUUGAUGAAAUGACAUCACCUCAUGUUUACCAAUCUCAGAUGAACUGCAGUUUAAAACUUGGUAUUAUAUAAACAUGAGUUAUAGAUUUGGGAAUAAGAGAAGAAUUUGAGAUUAAACUGCGUUUAUUAUUUGAACGUUGAAUCAGAACUAAACUGUCGUUACUCUUCAAGUAAACUCCAGUUUGUGGUUUGGAGUGUUGAUCAACUGAUAAUAUUAUUACUUAAUAACCAACCUCGAAUAAGCUAGAGUUUGUUUGAAUCAAGGUUUAUGAAGUUGGUUAACCGUUGUUGAGCUGACCUUUUCUGAAAUGAACUCAAAUUUGUGGUUAAUGAUGUUGAUUAAUCAAUGGACAUAAGUGUUCUGCCCUUAUGUAGCGAUGUUUCAUUCUAUCAAUAUUGAUAGAAUGUUGCUGCAUUCUUAUAGCGAGACAAAUUUUCAUUAAUAAAUUCCUUUAGCCGUGAAAUUUCUCAUCCAUUAAUAUCUUAUUGUGAAUGGAGAGUUUGAAGGUAUGAAUAGGAAUCAUCCACAUUAAAGUGAGGUCCACGUUAUAAUGGUAGUAUUUAAUUAACAUUGGUGUUGGUAUCCUUGUCUAUCAUCCAACAAAGCAGAUAACGCUAUCUUUUUCUAGCUCUGCAACUUUCUUUUUACCGAUGUAGGAAUAUGAUCAAUGAUCAAAAUACUCAAUCUGAACUAUGAAAAUUCAUCACUUAAUCACUGAAAAAUAUUUUCUCUUAAAAAAAAAAUAUUUUUGAUCAUUUCAAACAAGAACGAACAGUCUACAUAUAUAUCUGCUAUCACCAAAGAAGGCAGUGACAAGGCAAAGAAUCGGCAACGUUGUCCUCCUAUCUUUCUCCGCUGCCAUUAUAACGUGGACCCCACAAUUGACCAAAAGCUGUCUUGUUUGUCAAAUUUGAGCUUGAUUGAUACGAUGACAUUUGUUCAAAUUGAUAAAUAAAAUUUGGAAUUUGUAUUCACAUGAUAAUCGAGUAACCACGCAGAGACUAUGAUAGUUUUCACAUAUUUUUCAUAGUCAUGAAGGCUAUGAUGUUUGCUAAUACAAAUAUAAAGUAAUAAAGCAAUCCAGUAAGGCAAUACUGGAAAAUUCAUAAAAUAUUGACAUCAAAAAUUCAUUGACAUCAACAAAUAAAGAAGAAAAUCGUCAAUCUUGAUAAAUUUUCUACAGCAAUGGCCUAAAAGCCAUGAUGCCUAUUUCACUAAGGCACUCCUCAUUCAAUUCUUCUACAGAAGGUAUCUGUGAAACUACCUGACAAAAAAGGUAAUUAUAUUCAAUAUAAUAUGAGGUGAUCCAGUUUGAAUAAUAAUAAUAAUAUCGAGUGACCUGGCUGGCUCAUGUCUGGUGUCAGAGAUUUCAGGUCGCAACUGAUCUAUUUCAGGGCCUCUCACAUGACCUAACGACUGCUUUUCAUGCAGCCGGGAUCGACGGCUUAACAAUUUGAAUGAACAGUAAUCGAUAAUACGUUGAGUAAGGAAAGAAGAGGUUGUUAAUUCUUCCACGGAUGGUAUCUCUGAAACUACUUUGAAAAAACGUAAUUAUAUUCAAUGUAAUAAGGUUAUUUAUUUAAUCUGAAUGAACAAAAAUUAUAAAUACGUUAAGUAAUGAGGGAAGAGGUUGUGAAUGAAUUAUCGACGAUACAAUGUAUUUGAUACUUCUUGAUGUAAAUAAAUGACUCUUGACACAUGUUUAGAUACUGUACAAUUCUAGGAUGAGAGUCUAGUCAACCAUAUUUCUUUAAAUAUUUAUCUUGUAUAUCAAAAAAUACAGAAUGAGCAGAAAAUUCAUGUUUGUAUUAAUCACAAAUUUCAGGCCCAGUUGCACAAAAACCUAUUAAAUUUCAAUGGAGAUUAAUUGACACGAAAACCAAUCGGAGAAGCCUUUUUUCAAAAUACCUUUUCUCAUUGGUUAUCAUGGCAUUUAAUGAUUCAUACAAGAACUUCAAUGAUUCAUACAAUAAUUACAUCAUUAAAAUGAUAGAGAGGGGAGAAAAGGUAACCUU